GGCACUUCACUGCGAAAACACAACAGAGGAGAAAGACCAAACGAUCCACUCAGGUUCUAUUUGCAAAAGACUGAGAACAGAGCCAGCCACAGGAUACAGCCAUGUACCAGCUGCCAAAAACAAGGGCAAACACCUGGGAGUAUGAACCCUCUUUCAUGACAGGAGAGCUGGUGGAGUUUGAGGGAAGCAGCACAGAGCAGAGAAUGGAGGAGUUUGUCCAGCUGUUCAAAUCCAAGAAGCCGGUGAUAAAGAGACACCUCCGAGAACUCAAAGAGAUUGCGGAUGGCUUGGAUGAGGCCAGCAUGAACGCAGCCCUUGCUAAGACUAUCGGGAGCUUCGUAGGGGCGGCCGGGGGGAUCAUGACCCUAGCAGGGCUAUUCCUGGACCCCGAGUCACCCGCAGCCUGCAGUUUGCAAGAUAUCGGAGAGAAAGGGGUCACCUUAGGACAGUUUGCCAAAACCGCCACUGAUAUAACCCAGGCCGUCAGUGAGAGAACACAUAACCAAAGAGCAGAUGAGAUACUGGGGAAGCUCUGUGUGAUGACAGGCUAG